GGGAUUGGCAGGAUGGUAAACAAUGUGGCCGAAGCAUCCAUGGGAUGACUAUAAGAUUGGAUUCCGAGUGAUCCAAUCUGGUCCACGAAUUGUUCUGGAUCUGGCACAUUCUGGUCAGAAAUCCAUGCUCUGUACUAGAGCAGAGGAGCCAGUGGCGUCUUGGGCUCUUGUGGGUACAAGCCAUUGGAUGCUGAAGGGGACUGAAGAAAUCUCCAUGUCGAGGGCUGAGAAUCUCUGAAGCAGAUAGUGGUCAACAAGAACAACAGAAUCAACAAUGGUGUCCAAACAUUUGCACUGCUUCGGCGCAUUCUUGCUGCCAUUAUUUGCCAUCGCCACCUCGUUUGAUCCUUUUCACCAGAAUCAGCAACCGAUGGGUAAGAUGGCCUUCGGCGGCCAGGUCCCCUUCAUCCCCCACGAGUACGAUCGCUUCGCCGACGUCAAGCGGCAGUGCCGGUCGGUGCUGUCCUCCGUCUCCGAGCUCACGUUCGACGCCAACCGCGCCAACGCCCUGUUGCCGGAGCUGACCUUCGUCAAGGGGGAUUGGAAGCAGGACGCCGACGGCGCGCCGCUGAUGCCGUUCGACGGUACCGACGCCGCGGACGGAGCGCCGGACCCGCUACCGCUCGCCUCGUUCACGCUCACACACGUCGACGUGGGGCGCCGCGGGAGGACGGCCCUCAACGUCAGCGGCGUGCUCGGGGUCGCCAUCUCCCGCAACGGCACCGGCCCGGAGAUGGGGCAGUACGUGUCGCCGGAGGUCAAGGUGUGGCCCGGGAGCACGGAGCUCAAGAUCCUCUUCGAGGGCGUCUACACCGAGAACGACGACGGCGAGAGCGUGCUCUGCAUGGUCGGCAACGCCCUGCUGCCGAGGCGCGGCGGCGACGCCGGCAACCCGUGGGACUGGGCCAAGAACACCGACCGCGACAACUUCCAGCCGCCGGUCACCAAGGACGACAACAUAAUGCUGGUGCUCCGGUACCCGACGACGCUGGCGCUGACGACGCGCGCCGUGCGCGGCGAGCUGACGAGCACGAGCGGCAAGUCCGACGCCGCCUACUUUGACGCCGUGCACCUGCUGUCGCAGCUGGGCGCCUACUCCAACUACAAGUUCGGGUCCGAGAAGCUCGUGAACAAGGCGUGCACCCCGCACCCUUACCGCGAUGACAUCCUCGGAGGCGGCAGGGGGCUCUACAAGGGCAACUCCUUCUGCGGCAUCCUCGACCGGUUCACGUCGGAGGACUUGCUCACCGUCGUGCCCAACUGGCGGUGCAACGCCACGGACGCCACGUGCCGGAGGCUCGGGCCGUUCGAGACGGACAAGGCGGUCGACGCGACGGACGGUGCGUUCACGGACGUCAGCAUCGUGAUGCAGGAUGUCCGGUGCGAGCCGAGGAACGCGCCGGACGGCGAGAGCUCGGCGAGGGUGUCGGCCGUGUUCCGCGCCGUUCCGCCGUGGGAGCACAAGUACACGGCGGGCAAGCGGAGCGGGCUCAGCGGCAUGACGCUCUCGGCCGAGGGCGUGUGGCGCGCGUCUGCGGGGCAGCUCUGCAUGGUGGGCUGCCUCGGCGUCGGCGACAAGGCGUGCCACUCCCGCGUGUGCCUGUACGUGCAGACCACCUUCACGGCCACCCGCCGCAGCAUCACGGUGGGGCAGAUCACCCGCAUCGACGGCGGCGGCGGCGUCGCCCACUUCCCGCUGACGAUCAAACGCACGGUGCACCCGACGGAGCUCUGGAACCGGUUCGGCGUCUCCGGCGGCGCGCCGCUGAGCAUGGUGUACAACUACACCAAGGUGAAGCAGGCCGGCGAGUUCCUCAGGCGGAGCGAGCCGUUCGACUUCGGCACCGUCCUCGCCAAGUCGCUCCUGAGCUACCCCAGGGUAGCCGCCGCCGACGCGAUGGGCCUGUCCAACCUCGCCGACGACCUCACGCUCCACGUACCGGCGGUGCCCGACCCGUUCCCGCGCGAACGGUUCGAGCGCCCAUUCUUUCAGCUGGAGGUGCUCUCUCUCGGGUCACUCGUCGGCCGAAACUCGCUGGCGGCGCAGAGCACGCCAUUUUCUGGCAUGCCAGGCGAACGAGGAAUGGGCAGAGCAUCCUCGGCGUCGUCGUCGCAGCCAGAGUCCUCGUCGACGUCGUCGCAGCCUGCAGAGGCGUCUCUUCUCAACGUGUCGGCGGAGCUCUCGCUGUCCGGGGAGCCUUACGCGAACGUGUCGAGCCUGUUCUUGGAAGGCGUGUACAACCCGGUGAACGGCCGGAUGUACCUGAUCGGCUGCCGGAGCGUCCAGGCGAGUCGGCAAGCCUUCUCGACGUUGAAAGGGGUGGAGGACGGCAUGGACUGCUCGAUCGAGAUGCGGGUGGAGUACCCGCCGACGACGGCGCGGUGGCUGAUCAACCCCACGGCGAAGGUGCACAUCGCCAGCACGCGCGACGCCGGCGACCCGCUGCGCUUCAACACGACGGCGCUCCAGACGCUGCCGAUCCUGUACCGAGAGCAGCGUCAGGACAUCCUGUCCCGGCGCAGCGUCGAGGGGAUCCUCCGCAUCGCGACGCUGGCGGCGGCCAUCGCCGCGGAGUUCAGCCAGCUGAUGUACAUCAAGGCGAACACCGACGUGAUGCCGUACGUGUCGCUGGUGAUGCUGGGCGUGCAGGCGGUCGGGUACAGCGUGCCGCUGAUCACCGGCGCGGAGGCGCUGUUCGCGCGCAUCGCCGCGGGGUCCGACGGCGCCGUGCCGCCGUCGUACGAGGUGGACAAGAGCACCCUGUACUGGACCAUCGACUGCAUCGUCAAGAUCCUCAUCCUAGCGGCGUUCCUCCUGACGCUCCGGCUGGCGCAGAAGGUGUGGCGGUCGCGGAUCCGGCUGCUGACGCGGUCGCCGCUGGAGCCCGGGCGCGUGCCGAGCGACCGGAAGGUGCUCCUCUACAGCUCCGGCGCGCACCUGGUGGGCUUCACGGUGAUCCUGCUGGCGCACUACGUGAGCGUGUACAGCCGGCCGGUGCGGGACGAGGGGUCGUACAUGGACGCGCGCGGGAGGACGCACGCGCUGCGGGAGUGGGCGGUGACGCUGGAGGAGUACAUCGGGAUGGCGCAGGACUUCUUCCUCCUCCCGCAGGUGAUCGGCAACGUGGUGUGGCGGAUCAACUGCAAGCCGCUGAAGAAGAGCUACUACGCCGGCGUGACGGCGGUGAGGCUGCUGCCGCACCUCUACGACUACAUCAAGGCGCCGGCCAUCAACCCCUACUUCGCGGAGGAGUACGAGUUCGUGAACACGAGCCUGGACUUCUACUCCCGGUUCGGCGACGUGGCGAUCCCGCUGGUGGCCGUGGCGCUGGCCGCCGCCGUGUACGUGCAGCAGCGCUGGAACUACAAGAUCAUCAGCAAGACCGUGAAGACGCAGCAGAAGAAGCUGCAGCACCUCGGGUCCAGGGUGUACGAGCGGCUGCCGUCCAUGUCGUCGGCCAACUUCGAGGCCGAGCUCGUCUCCGGCGUCAACGAGGGCGUCGGCCUGCGCCGGGACACCAGCUUGAGCUGAGCCAUAUGCAUCCAUCGACCACCUAGCUAGCUCGUUUGCUUUCCUUUGUUUUUUUUUACCUUCUUUUGGUUUGUGAUGCUCUUUGUUUUACACUUCCUUCUCCACAACAAAAUGUGUACUAAUAGUAGCUCAAUAAAUUUUAUUUCUUUUUUCAUGCCUCUUUUUUUUAAAAAAACAAAAAUCCCUGAUAGCUUCGGUUCACAGUUACAUAUGCAGCAGUCAUGCUCAUGUUGUCAUGUGAACUGCAUGCCGAUCAAAUCGU